AUGUGGUUCUGUGCUCUGGUCUGGGCUUCUCUUGCUGCUUCCCCUAUAUGGGGACUCUCAUUGUUACCACCCGUGGUGAAUACUACUCAAGGCAAAGUCCUGGGAAAGUACAUCAGCAUAGAAGGAUUUGAAAGGCCUGUGGCAGUCUUCCUGGGAGUCCCCUUUGCCAAGCCUCCUCUUGGAUCCCUGAGGUUUGCUCCACCAGAGCCUGUAGAGCCCUGGAGCUUUGUGAAGGAUGCCAUCUCCUACCCUCCUAUGUGCUCCCAAGAGGCAUCUAUGGGACAGCUACUCCCAGAUAUGUUCAGCACCAAACAGGAGAGCAUACCUCUUGAGUUUUCUGAAGACUGUCUCUACCUGAAUAUUUACAGUCCUGCCGAGUCAAAAGAAAACAGUCGAUUGCCUGUGAUGGUGUGGAUCCAUGGAGGUGGAUUGAUGAUAGGUGGAGCAUCUACCUAUGAUGGACUAGCUCUCUCUGCUCAUGAAAAUGUGGUGGUGGUAACCAUUCAAUACCGCCUGGGUAUUUUUGGAUUAUUUAGCACAGGUGAUGAACACAGCCGGGGGAACUGGGCUCACUUGGACCAGCUGGCUGCACUACGCUGGGUAAAGGAUAACAUUGCAAACUUUGGAGGGAACCCAGAUUCAGUGACCAUCUUUGGAGAGUCAGCAGGAGGUGCCAGUGUCUCUGUUCUUGUCUUAUCUCCUCUGGGCAAGAACCUCUUCCACAGAGCCAUUUCUGAAAGUGGUGUGUUCCUCAGUACAAACCUGGCCAUGAAGAAUAUUCAGGCUGUGAAUGAAAUAAUUGCUACUCUUUCUGGGUGUAAUGACACAUCAUCAGCUGCCAUGGUUCAGUGCUUACGCCAGAAGACAGAGGGUGAGAUCUUGGAGAUCACAACAAAACUGAUACAGCACAAUAUCUCCCUGUCCUCUGUGAUUGAUGGAGUGGUGCUGCCAAAGGCACCAGAAAAGAUCCUGGCUGAGAAGAGUUUCAACACUGUACCCUACAUAGUGGGCUUCAACAAGCAAGAGUUUGGCUGGAUCAUUCCAAAGGCGUUGGGAGAUCUACACUCUGAAGGCAAAAUGAAUGAGAAAACAGCCAGUUUCUUCUUGAAGAUGUUCCACUCUGAACUUAACAUCUCUGAGAGUAUGAUUCCAGCAAUCAUUGAGAAGUACUUAAACGGAACAGACGACCCUUCCAAAAAGGGAGACCUUCUUCAGGACAUGUUGGGAGAUAUAUUUUUCUGUAUCCCAUCUGUGAUUUUGUCCCGUAGCCUCAGAGAUUCUGGAGUGCCCACCUACAUGUAUGAGUUUCAGUAUCGCCCAAGCUUCGUGUCUGACAAGAGACCCCAGACGAUUCAGGGAGACCAUGGAGAUGAAAUCUUCUCUGUAUUUGGGACUCCAUUUUUAAAAGAGGGUGCCUCGGAGGAGGAGACCAACCUCAGCAAGAUGGUGAUGAAAUUCUGGGCCAACUUUGCUCGAAAUGGGAACCCUAAUGGGGAGGAACUGCCACACUGGCCAGAGUAUGAUCAGACGGAAGGUUAUCUGCAGAUUGGUGCCACCACCCAGCAAGCCCAGAGACUGAAAGGGAAGGAAGUGGCUUUCUGGAAUGAGCACCUGGCUAACAAUCCACCUCAGACAGAUCAUCCUGAACACACAGAACACACUGAACAUAAAUGAAUGGGAUGUCCUGCCAACCUCUGGAUCAGAGAAGCAAAGAUGGAGCUAUUCCACAAAGGAUGGCUAUUCACCAAAGAUGGAUCUUACAGAGGAAACUGCACAACUGUACA